UUUCCAGAACAUCUUUUAAAAAUGCAAUUGUUGUGGGGUGCUAUAUUUCUGUUCGUAUUGGUGAUCGUGCCUCUGAGUAUCUCGAACGAUCAGCAUUGUCACGACCUGCUCUGUGCGAGCGUCGUAAGCAAAUGCGCCCUUACAGAGUCAUGCAAGUGCGAAAUCAACAGAGCGGCUGCAGAGUGCAGCUGCUGCCACAACUGCACCGCGUGUCUGGGCGCUGACUACGACAAGUGCUGCUCGUGUGUGGGUCUGUGCGACCGAACGAGUUCGAUGUCACUAGUGCGGGAGUCGCAGGUGGGCGACAUUGCCGAGCCUAUCGACACGUUGUUCAGGGCGAUCGCGUCUGCUCCAGACGAGUACAACAUGUGGACGUACUACACCUUCCCCAUCGACGACACGCUCGACGAACACGCGCGCAAGACGCAGCGUUCCAUCAGGAUCGAAGUUUUGCCGCAGAACGGGGUUGAACCUGUAGCAGGAGGACGUACCCAAGUAAACUGCACCGUAAUGUAUCACUCUCAGUGUAUCUCCGUCACCAAGUGCCACGACUACUGCAGCAGACGUGGCGCAGCCUCGUACAGAUAUUUCUUUGAUGGCUGCUGCGAAUGUGUCGGACUGUACUGCCUCAACUACGGGUUAAACGAAAGCAAAUGCGCCGAAUGUUCUCAGCCCAGUGAAGAAGCCGGGGAAAGUGAUGUCUACCCUGGCGACAAAAACAAGGACAACCUGACAUGAGCAAAGCAUUCUUUCAUUUGCUGUAACGAGUCGAAUAAAACUUAUUCGUGUAGUUAUUCUCAGUAGCCGGACUAAGUCUGCGAUUGUAUGAUGAUCUAGGUGUCAGGUUCGAAAUAAAUCUUAGCAUUUAAA